AGUGAGCAAACUGGAUAUCCAUUGAGCGCUACUUCAUGGGGCGGAGGACGAGCAUGGUGGCGCCGGCGAUUGCGCUUGCUCUGCUUUUGGCCGCGCGCGCGAACGGAGACUUCGCGAGCGACCGGUCGGAGUGCGUAGACCAGCUGACGGCGCUGCUGCCGUGCCUGCCUUUCGUGGAGAGCGAGGCGCGGAUGCCGAUUCCGGAUUGCUGCACCAGCGCGAAGGCGGUGGUGGGGAGGAGCUUCAAGUGCCUUUGCCUGCUCGUCAAGGACCGGAACGAGCCCGGCCUCGGCUUCAAAAUCAACGUCACUCGCGCCGUUACCCUGCCCGCGGCCUGCAACGUGCCCGCCAAUAUCUCCGAUUGCCCAAAGCUGCUCAAGCUGCAGCCAGGCUCACCGAUGGCACAAGAGUUCAACCAACUGCAACAACAGAUUGUCCAAAAUUUUCAUUCUAAAACAAAGUCAAAUAAUAUUGUGGAUGCAAGGAACAAUAUCACUUCUUCAAAUCCAAGUGGUAGUAGCAUUUCAAAGAGGAGGUUCAUUGGUGAUAUUAAUGUGGUCCUUCAAUUAGGGUUUCUUUUUAUGGUGUUUCUCCUUUGGGGCAACUAAGUUCUUAUGAGCUCAUCUAUAUUACUCAUAGUGAAUGAAUUUAUGAUAAUAAUCAUUAGAAGUUUGGAUGUUCGCAUGUUUAAUUAUAUUGGUGUCCAUCUCUUCCGUGUGAAUUUUGCAUGUAUCAACCCUAAAUGUGUUGUCAAAAAUAGUAUCCUUAUUGUGUUUUAUAUAUUCGUUGGAUUUACUUUUGAUGAUUUUA